AUGUCCGAGCGAGCCCUCGAGCUGCUGGCGCUGCCGGACGGCGAGCCCAAGUACAUUCUCGACAUUGGCUGCGGCUCGGGCCUGAGCGGCGACGUCAUUGAAGAGCACGGACACAUGUGGGUCGGCGUGGACAUCAGCCCUUCCAUGCUCGACGUGGCGGCCGAGCGAGGAGUUGAUGACGGCGACGUCUGUCAGAGCGACAUGGGCCACGGCCUGCCCUUCCGUGCCGGCUCCUUCGAUGGGGCCAUCAGUGGCUGUGCAACCAAGACAAGACGAACCACAUUCCACAGA